GCGGCUCUUGCUCUUGAAAAGUUCAACAAUCAAUCACUUCUCGACCUUCACGCUAAGGCCAGCGCUAGCAAUGAUCCACACAUGUGUGACUACAUUGAAUCGAAAUUCCUAGAGGAGCAGGUAGAGUCGAUUGCACAAAUUGCCAAGAUGGUUACGAAUCUCAAACGACUUGGACCUGGAAUGGGAGAGUAUGUCUUCGACAAGGAGCACUUCGAUGAUUAA